AUGCUCCGAAGUGCAGAGCUCCGAAUGAUAUCAUUACAUGAUGGGAUCAUCCCAUACGAGCGGCCACCUCGAACCAAGUAUUUCUUCCUAAACAAGUUCGAAACUAAGGUACUCCAUGCGAAGAAAGAGCUUAUCAAAGGCAAGAUAUUCCAAUUGGAAAAUCAAGACGGGAAUGAUGCAUUGGUUCAACACAAGUUGGAGCUCUACCGUACCUACUUAACGCAGAUCCGAAAAGUAUUCCGUAUGCAGAAGAAACUGGAGGAAACUUGGCAAAACCGCAUGAAAGUCGUCGCUGCAUAUUUGAACAUCUUGGCUGGGGAGAGAAAGCUGAUUCGUGCCAUCGCACCACCUCCACCACCAUUGACAAAAUUCCAGAAAUUGGUCUCUCGUGUUCGUAAUGUCAUCCGCUCAAUUUUUCCGAACAGAAGAUUGAGACCAAGCGACAACACUCAAAACAUCUAA